GGAGGACCCAUUCCCACAUUAUUUUGAGAGAAAAGCCAAAGAGGCUAUCUCCUCACUCACCCACCCCAUAAUUUCGGCCAAACUAUCAAAAGAGGAGGAAGAGAAAGCUCUCAAGCUAUUCUCCAUUGCUGAAACUCGAGCUCAACCAAAGGUAGUCCAAGGAGUGGGAUUAAAGAAGGAAAAAGGCUAGGAAAAGUGUGUAAAAUUAAGGCACUUUUAAAGGGUAUUUCAAGUGAUUUCACAAAGUUGGAAAAGUCGCCGGAGUUGUCGCCGGAGUUGACCAAAAGUCGCCGGAGUUUCACCGGAGUUCAACCAAGAAGAGUAGAACUUCAUAACGCUAGUUCAAGGUUAAAGCUAGGGCUUGCUACCUGCACCUUCUUACGGGUGAUAUCAACUUCAGGAAGACGCGGUUCGUGCUUCCUUAUUUUCUUUCAAACUACCGAACACAUGCUCAUGGAUAUUUGUUCUACUAUAAACUAUUUUUGGGGCUUGCAUGCCCAUGUUGUUGGCCGGUUGUGGCUUAUGACUUACCGUUCAAUAUUUCCGCUAUUCAUUGGUUUAAAUGUGAUGUUGGUAUGUAUGUUUACUACUGAGUAUGGAUGGAUUAUUUUCUCGAACGCCUUGUGUAAUUAAGUGAGGUUGACUCGCGGGUGACGUCACUUGAUUAUACGGCGGUUGUACACACGCUUGGAUUGCGGUCUGGGGCGUGACACACAUUGUUUUGAUUCCAAAGAAGGAGCACCCGGAAUUGCUUAGCGAUUGGCGUCCCAUUGCACUUUGUAAUGUAGUAUACAAGAUUUUUUCUAAAAUAUUAGCUAAUAGAUUGAAGGUUCUUCUCCAUUUAUGUAUUUCUGAACAACAAAGUGCCUUUAUUCCUGGGAGAUCAAUUAUUGAUAAUGUUAUGAUUGCGUUUGAGUCUCAACACUACUUAAAACGCAAGACUCAGGGGAAGGUUGGCUAUGCAGCUUUGAAGUUAGACAUGAGCAAAGCUUAUGACCGGGUGGAGUGGUCUUUUUUGGAAGGAAUGUUGAAGCAUUUUGGCUUUUCAGACAGGUGGAUUAAUAUUGUUAUGGGGUGUGUAAAGACGGUCACUUACUCCAUUCCUUUUGAGGAUACGGAGAUAGGACCAAUUAUUCCUUCUAGGGGUUUGCGCCAAGGGGAUCCUCUUUCCCCUUAUUUAUUUAUCCUGGUCGUAGAGGGUCUCAGUGCUCUUCUCCGGAAGCAUGAGAGUAUGGGCUGCAUUCAUGGCGUGGCAGUGGCUAGAGGGGCACCGAGGAUAUCUCAUUUACUUUUUGCGGAUGAUAGUUUAUUGUUCUUUCAGGCUAAUCACAGGGAGGCGUCAAUAGUUAAGGAGAUCCUCCAUGAUUAUGAGUCGGCUUCGGGACAGGUGGUAAAUUUUAACAAAUCUAAAGUGUUUUUUAGUACUAAUGUUUCGGUUAGUUGCAGAGAAGGGCUGGUGGAGUUACUUGGAGUGGGACCUGCGGCCAUGGAGGAGAAGUACUUGGGGCUGCCGACUCUUUUUGGCCGAAAUAAGCGGGAGAUUCUGAACUACUUGAGGCAGCGGGUUGUUAAAAGAAUUCAAAGUUGGAACAAUAGAUUUCUUUCCCGGGCAGGAAGGAAGGUGCUACUAAAAACGGUAAUUCAAGCAAUGCCUUUGUAUGCUAUCAACGUCUUCCUUUUACCAGUUGAUCUUUGUAAGGAGCUGGAAACUCUUAUGAAUGGGUAUUGGUGGACGAGUAACGCCGGGAGGGGCAUUAGAUGGCGGGACUGGGAGUUUCUUUGUAAACCAAAAAAAU